GUCUGCCGUAUCGCACGCUUGUUUAUUUUUACAAUUAGGUGCAAAAUGGCAGCUAAAAAAAGAAAGUUUUCCGAAGAUUACGUUAGGUUUGGAGAUACCUUCAUAGAAAAGGACGAGUUACAAUUGCCUCAGUGUGUGUUAUGUAUGAAAGUUUUAAGUAAUCAUAGCAUGAGGCCCAAUCGCCUUGAAAGGCAUUUGAAGCAACAACAUCCUACUCUGGUUUUGAAGACGAUAGAGUUUUUUUCUUCUACAGCAGAAUCACUCAAGCGCAUGAGACUGGAUAAAUCGGUGGAAUACAGUUUGAGGUGAAUGUUGUCUGAAGUACCUGAGAUUUCUAUUGGAG